AUGGACAAAGGCCUGAGUCGCUCGUUCUUGGACCGGCACAGGCCGUCGAUGCUAGUGCUAGCAUCCCAACUUUCUGCCGCGGCACUCAACGGCUUUGCCAAGUUUUUCGAGACGGGUGAAGACCCAGUACACCCAUUCCAAGUCCUAUUCGUCCGGCUCCUCAUCACCGGGACUGCGUGCACAUUCUACCUCUGGUUCACGAAAGCUCCCAACUUCCCGUUGGGCCUGCCAGAACUGAGAUGGCUUCUGGCUUUGAGAGCAGCAGCAGGUGUUUUGGGGGCCUUUGGUUUCUAUUUUUCCAUCAUGUACCUUAAGCUCAGUGAAGCAACGGCCUUAAACUUCCUUGGCCCGCUCACUGCCAUGAUCAUGAUUCGCUAUCUGGACUACGGCACUUUCGAAGUGAUUGAUCGGAUUGGAGCCUUCGUCGCGCUGGUAGGCGUGAUACUCGUCGUUCAACCAGACGCGCUCUUUGGCUCGAAGCCGACGCUUUCCAGCGCUGCUCAGUCUAUUGCUGAUGGUAGCCCCCAAGGCAGGAUGAUGGGGUUUGGUUUCGGGUUAAUCAGUGUUUGCGGCGGAGCGGUCGCACUUACUGCGAUUCGCUCUAUUGGCACACGCGAGCAUCCGUUGAUGAGUAUCAUGUACUUUGCUUGGACCAUUGUCACUGUUUCUGCGGUGGCAUUUCUUCUGAUGGACAGCGUUCAUCUUACAACAACGGUCAUGUCGUGGGUCAAACUGAUACCCCUUGGCAUCUUCGGCUUUACAAUGGAGUUUCUUCUUACAGCGGGUAUAGCCAAUGACGUCUCAUCAGCUGCUACGAUAAUGAUUUAUUCUCAAGUUGGAUGGGCAUUGCUUCUCGACUGGAUCGUAUUCCAUUCUCAAGUCAACUUGUUGACGUUGAUAGGGAUAGGCGGUGUUGUUACCAGCUUGAUCGUUGUCUCUUCAGCGAAAGAGUGGAAAUGGCUACGGAAAGGUCGAUACGAAGUGGUGGAGCAAGAUUCCCUUGAUGAAAGAGAGCCUGACGAAGAAGUAGUAGAGAUGAGACCAAAUAGCUCGGUGGCAUGAUACACCAAGUACUUGU